AUGACUAAUGAAUCUAAUAACAAAUCUUUGUUAGAAAAUGAAAUGUGGUUACAAGAAGCUAUUGACAAUGAGCAUAUUAAAUAUCAAAGAUAUUCAACUUUUGAAAAUAAGGAAAGAAUUGGACAAGGAUCGAUGGGAGAGGUUUAUAAGGCAACAUCAACUGAGUUUCAAAAGACUGUAGCAUUGAAAAAAUUUAAAAUUUCAUCAAAGUUUACUAUAAAUGAAAUUAUAAAUGAGAUAAAGCUACAUAGAAAAGUGGACUUACAUGAUAAUAUUUUGAGAUUUCAUGGUGUUACUACGUUAGAUCCAUCUGAUUAUGGUUUGGCCGUUAAAAUAAUUGGUGGUACAAGAGAAACGAAUAUUAGAGGAACGCCACUUAAAUAUGUUGAUAUUUAUACAGCUUGUUGGAAUAAAGAUAUUAACUGUCGACCAACAAUAAGUCAAGUUGUUAAAGACCUUAAUGAUAUAAAAAUGAAUGAGUUUAAUGAGUUUAGCAUCCGCGCAAGCCUUUACGCAAUUUAA